AUGUUAGAAGCAACAGUUAUUGUUCGAUUUUUAUUACAACAUGCAAUUAAAUUUACAAGAAAAUGUCGUCGAACAAAAAUGAUAACAGAAGAUUUUGAACCAGUAAUGAAAAUACGAUAUUUAGAACCAAUUGUUGAAUUUCGUUUAUCAAAUGGAAAAUUACCAUUUAAAACAACAACGGCAGCUGGUUCAAAUCAUCGAGAAGUUCAAUGUAUUGAAGUCCACGAAUUACAACUUGAUCAAGUGAUUACUGCACUAAUGCCAAAAAUAUCAAAUGUUUAUGGUUUUGUUGAUUAG